AGAAUAGAAGCCCUAGGAGUGCAGUCACAAAAACCCUGCAUUCUCUUCUCUCCGUCUUCCUCUACGUCUCUUUCUCCCGCCGUCUACGAGAUCGAGACUCCGAUUACAGCUUUCUCAAGCUCUCCCUACCCCUUGAAAAUCUUCAAAGAUGGAUGGGUUCUCUGGGAGCAGACCAUUAAUCAGCUCCUUACAGAGAUGGAUGGGUUCUCUAGGAAUUCGGGGGUCAUUGUUUUGACUGCUACCAACAGGCCUGAUGUUCUCGACUUAGCUCUGUUGAGACCUGGGAGAUUCGAUCGACAGGUCACUGUGGACCGAUCAUAUGUCGCUGGCAGAGUUAAAAUUCUUCAGGUACAUUCGAGAGGAAAGGCUCUGGCAAAGGACGUUGACUUUGAAAAGAUUGCGAGGACCCAAGGAUUUACCAGAGCCGACUUGCAGAAUCUGAUUAAUGAGGCUGCCAUUCUCACAGCUUGCCGUGACCUCAAGGAGAUCAGCAAGGAUGAGAUCUCUGAUGCUCUUGAGAGGAUCAUAGCUGGGCCCGAGAACAAGAAUGCUGUCGUCUCCAACGAGAAGAAGAGACUAGUUGCCUAUCACGUCAUAUCCUUUGGGAUAUAACCGCCGCCGUCAAUCGGAUCCGACAUGAGGGCGGGGCUUUCCAGGUUUGCGUUCUUCCUCAUUGUGCUGUCGUUGAUCCUGGUGCCGUCCCGGUCAGCGGUCUCGAGCCUAGAUUUUGGCUCGGAAUGGCUGAAAGUCGCCGUCGUGAACAUCAAGAAGGGGCAGAGUCCGAUAACCAUAGCGAUCAACGAGAUGUCGAAGCGUAAGUCCCCGGCUUUAGUGGCGUUCCAAUCCGGCACACGUCUCCUGGGCGAAGAAGCCGCCGGUUUGGUCGCCCGGCACCCCGACAAAGUCUAUUCCCAAAUCAGGGACCUGAUCGGUAAACCCUUUGGUUACGCCAAAAGCUUUCUCGACUCCAUGUACUUUCCCUUCGAUGUCGUGGAGGAUUCGAGAGGUUCGGUGAGCUUCAGGGCUGAUGAUGGUGGGACUGUGUAUACCGUGGAGGAGUUGUUGGGGAUGAUCCUCGGUUAUGCGGCGAAUUUAGCUGAGUUCCAUUCCAAGUUACCCGUCAAGGAUCUGGUGAUUUCGGUCCCGCCCUACUUUGGCCAGGCCGAGCGCAGAGGAUUGCUCCAGGCGGCCCACCUCGCGGGGAUCAAUGUCCUCUCUCUGAUCAACGAGCCCUCUGGGGCUGCAUUGCAGUAUGGGAUUGACAAGGAUUUCUCGAACGAGUCGAGGCACGUCUUGUUUUAUGAUAUGGGUUCGAGUAGCACUUAUGCUGCGCUGAUGUACUUCUCGUCAUAUCCUGCCAAAGAACUUGGAAAGACCGUAACUGUGAACCAGUUUCAGGUUAAGGAUGUUAGAUGGAACCAUGAACUUGGAGGUCAGAAUAUGGAAUUACGUUUGGUGGAAUAUUUUGCUGAUGAGUUCAACAAACAACUUGGGAAUGGGGUUGAUGUGAGAAAACAUCCCAAGGCAAUGGCUAAAUUGAAGAAACAGUUUAAGCGCACGAAAGAAAUUCUAAGUGCUAAUAAGGUGGCUCCGAUAUCAGUUGAAUCCCUCUAUGAUGAUCGAGAUUUCAGGAGCACAAUCACUCGUGAGAAAUUUGAAGAGCUCUGUGCAGAUUUGUGGGAAAAAGCUCUUCUACCUGUUAAACAAGUGCUUCAGAAUUCUGGUUUGAAGGUGGAUGAAAUAUAUGCUUUGGAAUUGAUUGGAGGUGCCACUAGAGUACCAAAGUUGCAGGCUACAUUGCAAGAGUUUAUCGGAAAGAGAGAGCUGGACAAACAUCUCGACGCUGAUGAAGCUAUUGUUCUUGGUUCAGCUCUAUGUGCUGCCAACUUUAGUGAUGGAAUCAGAUUGAACAAAAAACUCGGAAUGGUGGAUGGUUCUCCAUAUGGAUUUAUGGUUGAACUGAAUGGUCUUGAUCUUGUUACAGACGACAGCACCAGGCAGUUACUUGUACCUCGAAUGACAAAGCUUCCCAGCAAGAUGUAUAGAUCUAUCAUUCAUAACAAAGAUUUUGAAGUUUCGCUGGCAUAUGAGAGUGGAGAACUUUUACCACCUGGUGUUAGCUCCCCUGAUUUUGCUCACUAUGCUGUUUCUGGCCUCUCAGAUGCCUCUGAAAAAUAUUCAUUGAGGAAUCUGUCUUCUCCCAUUAAAGCAAGUUUGCACUUCUCUCUCAGUAGAAGUGGCAUUCUUUCUUUGGACCGGGCAGAUGCGGUUAUAGAAAUUUCAGAGUGGGUUGAAGUACCAAGAAAGAACUUGAUUGUGGAUAACUCAACAAGUGCUACACCCGACGUUACGGCAGAAGCUAGUACAACUGAGGAAAGCACUGAAAAACCACCAAUUGAUAGUGCAAGUAGCAUUAAGAGUAACACUAGUCCGGAAGAGCAAGGUUCUGAAGAUCUUGUUCCUGAAAAGAAGUUGAAAAAGCGAACCUUUAGGGUUCCACUGAAGAUCACUGACAAGACAUCAGGACCUGGAAAUCCCCUAUCUAAGGAGUAUUUUGCUGAAGCUAAAGGCAAAUUGGAUGCUCUUGACAAAAAGGAUGCAGAGAGGAGAAGAACGGCAGAGUUGAAGAACGAUUUGGAAAGCUACAUAUAUGCUACCAAAGAACAGCUUGAGACAUCAGAGGAAUUUUCAAAAAUAUCCACUAGUGAGGAACGACAAUCCUUUAUCGAGAAGAUGGAUGAGGUGCAACAAUGGUUAUAUACUGAGGGUGAAGAUGCUACGGCUACAAAGUUUCAGGAGAGACUGAACUCACUAAAAGCUGUGGGCGAUCCAAUUUUUUUCAGGCUGAAAGAACUUACAGCGCGACCGGCAGCUGUUGAGCAUGCUCGAGGUUACCUUCAUGAGCUAAAAGAGAUUGUGAAGAAUUGGGAGACAAACAAGUCUUGGAUUCCUAGGGAGAGCAUAGAUGAGGUACUGAAUGAUGCUGAUAAGUUAAAAAUCUGGUUGGAAGAGAAGGACAAUGAGCAGAAGCAAUCUGACGAUAACAAAACUGCUUUUACCGCUGACGAAGUGUACAGGAAGAUACUCAGCCUGCAAGACACGGUAAGUAGUGUCAACAGAAUUCCAAAGCCAAAGCCCAAGAUAGAGAAGCCUGCAAAAAAUGAAACAGAAAAGAAUUCCAAUGAUUCUUCUGCAGAAAGCCCUCGGAAGGACCAGUCGAGCAAGGAUAUGGAUGGCGCAACUGAGGAGAAUGCGAAAGGAGAAACUAAACCUGAAGCUGAAGCCCAAUCUGAGGCUCAAGCCCAUGAUGAGUUAUGAUUGAACCAAGAGUCCCUCCCAUUGAAGCGUGGUAAUUUUGAGCCGAACAAAAUUAAGACCGCCUUAUUUUUUAGCAGGAAAGGCUGCUUUCCAUACCCCGGUACAUUUUAUGUACAUAGAAGAGAUUUUCUUCCUCUUAAUUAAAAUCCGUGAUCAGGUAUGCAGCAUAGGGGUUAGUGAGGCACCCCACAUUAUUGCGAUGAUGGUCGUCAUUCAUAGGACUAUAUCUUCCGGGCAUGUCCGAUAGGAUUUUUGUUAUUUAACGAGUAGAAUACCACUGUCGCCACUCACUUAUUUAUUAGUUACCGUUUUUGCUCUCAACAUAUUUUUGCCACCAAUUAGCCCCAAACGUUGAUAUUCUGUCUACCAUUUAUACCCUUUCGUUAACUUCCGUGACGAAAAAUUCAUGGACGACGUUACCUUUUUCCUCACUAUUCUGUUACGGUAGGGUAUAAAUGGUAGACGGAAUGCCAACGUUUGGGACUAAUUGAUGGCAAAAAUAUGUCAUGGACAAUAACGGUGGCUAAUGAAUAAGUGGAUCGCGACAGUGGUAGUCUUAUUCUUAUUUAACUAAUCCUUGCGUCCAUCACAAGUUACAUUUACACCGGCUUUACUUGUGUUGAAGUUUUGCUUAGUCUUAUUGGGAUUGUUGAUGGGCUGUCUGCUAGGGGAAAAAGCUACCCGUUUGGUGUCAGAAAAUUUUUUAAUUAUAUUCCACUUAUCUUCAAUUCAAUAAUAUAAUUGUUACUUUU